AUGUUGAUAGUGUUUGGACUGAUUUUAUUUUAUUAUUGUUUAACGACUUCGGUUUAUACCCUCGAUGAGGCAACGGAUAAUCCAGUUAAACUACCAUAUUCAUCAUCAGUAACCUCGUUAAGAUCUGAUUAUCCUUCUGGAAGUAUAGGAAGUUAUUCACGAGGAGGUUCUUAUGCCUCGUCAGCUGUUGUGGCAAAUCAUGGCCAUGAAACAGGAUCUGAAGGUUGUAUUGGGGAUGAAUUAGUUUGCCUUUCGAUGACAGCUCAAGAUCGUCUUGCAUUGGAUGCUAUUAAAUCAUUACACAGACAACUAGACGAUGAUGCUGAUGGAAAUGUUGAUUUUUCUGAAUCAGAUGAGUUUCUUAGAGAGGAUUUAAAAUAUCAGGAUGGGUAUCAGAGGAGGCAACAAGCUUUUCAUAGAAACGACGACAAACACAUUUCGGUUAAAGAACUUUGGGAUGCAUGGCUGAGAUCCGACGUACACAACUGGACCGUGGAGCAAACGGUGGAAUGGCUCGCGACGAGUGUGGAACUUCCUCAGUACGCGACAACUUUUGUCGAGAAUCGCGUGACGGGUGCGACUCUACCACGAUUGGCUGUUGGCAAUUCGCAAUACCUUAGCAGCGUUUUGGGAAUCAAAGACCCGAUACACAAGCAAAAAAUUGCCUUGAAAGCCAUGGACGUCGUUUUGUUCGGACCGCCAAAAGAUUAUUAUCAUCCAACUAAAGAUAUUGUCUUGGUAACACUUUUAUUGGGAGCCUUGGUCGGAUGCUGGUGGGCAUAUCGUCAAAACAAACUAUCCCGUCAUCAUUUGAGAAGAAUGAUGAAAGACAUGGAAAGUUUACACAAAGCCGAAUUGGCUCUCGAAGACCUUCAGAGAGAACUCGAACACACGAAAAAAGAAAGGCAAAACGUCACGACGGAAAAGUUAAAUUUGGAGAGAAAAUUAUUGGAGCAAGAAGGAGACGGGGAAAGAAUGAAAACGACGUAUUCGGAUUUGGAAGUGACUCAAUUGAAGCAAGAAGUCGAAAUGCUGAGGAGCGAAUUGCAAAGAGCCGAGGGAGAAUUGCAGGAUCGGUGUUGGGCUCCCCCGGCGGGUCUACAGCAUUGGCUUCAAUUAACUCACGAAAUCGAAAACAAAGGAUACAUAAAAAAACGUUUGGCCGCGGAGAAAAAACUUCAGCUGGCCAGAGAAGCGUGCGACAAGUUGAAGAAGAAGAGAUCGAGUUUGGUUGGAGCUUUCGUUUCGACUCAUGGUAAAUCCAUAGACGAUGUCGAUCGAAGCAUCGUCGAAGCGAGAACGUCUUUGAACGAAGUCACGUCCGAAUUGCAAGAAAGAGUUUACAGAUGGAAACAAAUCGAAUUGCUCUGCGGUUUCAACAUAAUAAACAACAGCGGGUUGCCAUAUUUAGAAUCCGUUCUUUAUAAGAACGCGCCGAACGGAAGAGGGCCCAAGGGUUUAGGAAGAGUCAAUUCGAGUCAGGAUGACUUGGACGAUGAUAGUUCUUCGUUGCAUUCACCUUCCGCAGGUAAGAGCAUUACUACUUACUCGACGGAUGAUGAAAGCGAAUUUCAUUAUCUAUCGUAA